AUGUGUUAUUCUCAGUGUUUACCUAGACAGAACCUUCCACAUUUGAUCUUCAACAUUGUUGAGGUGAUAAACUCUGCUUGCCGUCGACUAUUGAAAAGAAAAAGACCAAGCUCAGGAAAAUGGCAGUCUUUAGAGGAACGUCUUCUGGACUGUUACAUAGAAUCAUGUGAAGGGGCCCCAAAAGACAAGCGUUUUUGUCAUGGAGUACGGCUGCUGGAGAAAGUUGUUCUUCAAGACAAUCUUUCAACCCUUGUUGUAAACCUGUACCCCAGGGGUGAAGGCUACUCUUUAAUGCUUAAAGGCAAGAAUGGUGCAGAUUCAGAAACUGUGAAGCUGCCUUAUGAAGAGUCUGAAUUCUUGGAUUACCUUGAUGCCCAAGAGCUACCUCCAGUCCUGAUUGAUCUGUUAGAAAAAUCUCAGGCAAAUAUUUUUUAUAGUGGUUGUGUCAUAGUUGAAGUGCGAGACUACCGCCACAGUCCCACAGGCAACUCAUAUGACAGCAACUAUGUCUUACUUCGUCCAACUUACCAGACACUUGUUUGUGACAUAAAUGCUAUGACUCGUGAGUCACCUAACUGGACCGAAGAGAGUAAGUUGGUAUUGGAAUCCCAGUUGCUGUUAGCAACAGAAGGCCCUUUGUGUCUUGACCCUUCAAUAGAAGUUGCACAAGUUGCAAAUCAACUCCAGUUCAACAGGAACAAGUUCCAUACAUGUGGCAUUAGAAGGAGCAUAAGAAGACACUCCCAAGCAUUCUAUAACAGAGCAGGACUGGUGUCCCUGUGUAAUGCUCCCUCUUACCUGAAAGUUCUCGAUUUCCUGUCACACUACAAGAAGCCACAGCCACCUGUCAAUCUUCGUCUUGCAAAGACACCACAGACAACUGACACAUGGAGACAAAAGCCAAUUCACCUCUCACCACCUGCAAGGGUUGAUGUUGACUUGUUUUCCAAAAUAAUUGAACGUCCAAAGCUGACAGCUGAUAACACACCAGAAAAGGUUCAGGAAGUCACACUAGAAGGAGAAAAGACCAAUAACAGGAAUUACUUCUGCCGUGUGACUAUUCGACGGAGACCAACAGACUUGCAAUACUUAGGUGAACUAUACCUGGAAGAAGAUACAAGCAAUACACAAGGGGCUCCUGCUGUUCCAAACACAAACACUUCAGCAUCCAACAAGGCAGGAAAGGCCUGUCACUUUUUUCUGGGAAGUAAACUUGGAGCUCAAAAGUAUCUUCAGCAGUUCCAAGACUUGUACACUGAGGAGGGGCGCAAGUCUGUGAAGAUUUGUACCUACAUUCCUGGCCAACACCAGGUGGCACAAGCUGCAGCAGCUGCUGCCAGUCAACAGGCAUCACAUGCACAUAAUCCCAAUCAGACAUCAACAGCCACUGUUGUUCCUGUUUCUGGAAAUCCAAAUAUACAAGACCAGACACAGGGCAAGGUGGCAAUACCUCUACCCACAGCCACAAACACUGUGACUGUAAUUCAGAGUAAUAAUUUGGGAAUAGGGUCACACACCACGUUACCUGGUAACUCUGCAGUGUCUCAAGUACCUGUUGUACAAAGUCUUUCUAAUGUCCGCACUUAUGGACAGAAGCUAGCAAUGUUUCAGCAGCAAGGAACAGUAGUUGGCACAGUUCCAAGUGGGACUGGUGUGCCCCUUAGUGGAACAACUAAGAUUGCUACAGCAGGCACAGUCACACGGUACAUUUCGACAGCACAGCCAGGAACAACACUUCAAGUCUCAAGUGUAAAACCUGUUCCUGUUUCCUCCAUUGUCAAAUCUGUUCCAACAACAGGGAGAAGGAUUUCUCAUCCAGACACUGCUACCUCACUACAGUCACCGACCACACCUAGUGGGGGGUACACAGGAGUUGUGGGAGCCUACAUGCAGCCAGUUGUUGGUCCUGGAGGAAUGAGUGUCACUGUCCCAGCUGGAGCAACUGUUACAGUAGCAGGUGCCACGCCCAUUGUUCCAGUUUCCAAAAGUGUAGCCAUAGCAUCAGGUCCUUUACCAACACAGUUCAUUGCGACAGGCUUGAAAUCAGCCAAUCAGACCUUACAACCUGCACCAGGGACAUCUCUCACCCUACUACAGGGCACCACAAACAUCCAAACACAACAAGCUCAGAUAGUCCAUCAGACAAGAUCUCCAUCUACAACUUUUACUAUUCCUGGUAACUUGGUUCCAAUAACCCACAUUCAGUCAGUAACUGGAGCAACCAUCAAUGCUCAGAUACAGGCAAAAACAUCUCCUCAGGGUACCCCUGCUGGCCAACCACAGCCUAUUCUACCAAACACACCUCUCUCCCCUCCCUCAGGGAUGGCUACAGUUACUCUUAAUACAAGACCCAUUCGUCCACAACAACAACAGCAAAGGAAGAUCAAUGCAGGAGCUGGAACAUCACCAACAGCCAUAGCUGCACUAACAUCCACCGUCAACCGAACCACUACAAACCUGCAACCUUUGGUACCAAUUGGAACACAACUUCAGCAGCAGCCAUUUCAGGUACGAAUGGUGCAGUUCCCACAGCAAGGUGGCCCCACCCAGAUACAGCCCACCAUUGUGCAGUCACCAAGAGGAGCAACCCCUGUCCAAAUAAACACACAGCAAGCUCAAGUAGUGCAAGGUUUACAACAGAUCCAAGGAAAACCAGUCACAACAGUCAAAGUAACUCAACAAACACAAGGAGCACAAACAACAGCCAGAACACCUGGAAGAUCCCCAGCACAGCGACGAAGAUCGCAAAAUAAGUAACUUGUGCAACAGUAUUUAUCAUGGUUUAAAUUGUAUAAUUAAGACUUUUUACAAGCUUGUAUAAAGAUGCUUUGGAAAUUGCUCUUCACUGGUAUCUGUAGUUAGUUUUUAUUGUCAAAAUAUAGUGUAAUAUAUUUGUGUCAGCAAGAUUCAAUAAUUGAUGUAGCCUGGCUGAGAUGUAUAUGUCUAUAUUAAAUUGAAAUAGUGCAAAAGAGUGCACAUCCUCCUCUGGUA